AUCACUACUCGUGUACCACUCCGCCAUUUUGGUGUUACAGAUUGAAUCCUGAACGAUUUAGGGUGGUGAUAUUGGAAAUAAAUCACUUAAUUUUCAUUUAAAAAUGUCUGACGGGGAUCAACCUAGCUAUGUAGCAUUCUUUGGAGUAAUGGGAGCGACGGCAGCGAUGGUUUUCAGUGCGCUCGGGGCUGCCUAUGGAACGGCGAAAAGUGGCACUGGUAUAGCGGCUAUGAGUGUGAUGAGACCAGAGUUGAUCAUGAAGUCGAUCAUUCCAGUAGUUAUGGCCGGUAUUAUUGCCAUCUAUGGUCUUGUUGUAGCCGUCCUCAUUGGUAGUGCCAUUUCACCAGAUACAAGCAAAUAUACGUUGUUCAAGAGUUUUCUAGACCUCGGAGCUGGGCUCAGUGUAGGUUUGAGUGGUCUUGCAGCUGGAUUUGCCAUUGGAAUUGUUGGUGACUCAGGAGUCCGUGGCACAGCACAGCAACCGCGUCUGUUUGUUGGCAUGAUUCUUAUCCUUAUCUUUGCUGAAGUACUGGGAUUGUACGGCUUGAUUGUAGCUCUUAUUCUUACUACCAAGAGUGUCAAAUAAGAAGAUUAUUUUCACUAAUACUAAUGUCAUGUUCUAUUAUUGAGGGUUUGAGGAGAUGAACAGUUAUUGGUUACCGUUGUGGAAUGGGCUGAUAUGAAAGUUUAUUUUCAAAUUUCAAAACCCUUGAUAUAUGAUUAUGGAAAUGAUUARAGUGGUAAAAUGUUGUCCGAAAACUUUGCCUUGAGGGUAGACUAGUUAUUGAGUGAAAUGGUUGGUUACAAUCACGUUGCACAAAAAGUGAUGAGAUAAAUUUACCACUGUAGUGAUUUCCAUAGGAAUUCAUUUCAAUGAUAUUCAUACUUUCGAUUUCUUGUUCUAACUCUUUCAAACAAUCUUUUUCAAAGUGCUGCCAUUUUUUUUAGUACCGUCUAUUAUGUAAGAUGAUUCCUUGUAAAGCUAUAUGUACCUAAUGUUGUCCAAUUAUUUUGAAAUACUUAUUGUUUAAAGAGCACUAUUAUCUUAAUUUUUAGAGUUCAGUAAGCACUGUAAUAGCAUCGUGCUAUAAUCUGUAUCAUAUCGUAUUCUUAUUGGUGUACUUAGGUCGUUCAUGGUUAGUCAGCUACACAGUAGAUAAUAUCAUUGAUUUAGCAUACUUUAUUCUAAGCAGUUCUCGUGAUUGUGAUAUACAGUAUUAUAUUAAUAGUUAAAUAUAUCAAAGAAAUUUUCAAUCAAAGCCAUACCAAUAAUGGUUUUUGCAGUUAUAGCAAUGCAUGAAUGCAUAUUCGUACUGAUUUCACGGUAUUAGCAUACCACUUUUCUAAAAUACUGAAAUGGGUCAAUAAUGUGUCUGUCUGUAAGGGGAAUUCAAAGCUUGCUCAAUAAACAAUAAAUCCGUAAUAA